GACAGAGGGAGAGAGAGGGGGGAAGGACGAAGAAUGGCUUCGGUGCACUGUUCCAAAUGCACGGCCGAAAGAAAAUGUUUUCGGCGGGAACUUGAUUCGUGGCGACACACAUUGAUACACUGCGUCGGUUUUGAAAGCAUUCUGGAGGGAAUAUAUGGCCCACUGCUACUGAGGGACCUCAAUUUAUUUGAUGACUGUGAACCUGAAGAGGUGGAUGACUGGUCCCCAGAAACAAGUUGCUCUCAGUGUUCAUUCUGCAACCUUCCCCUGGAGAAACUCAGCAGUGAUCAAGUACAGUCAGCCACGUCUCCCCUCUCCUCCCCCUCUGAUUACUCUCCCUGUCAGGCUCCAACCAUCUCUGAGAGCAGCCAGUCAGCACACAGGUUCCUCCAAGCUGUGUUUCACAAGAAAGAUGUGUCCCUGGGCUGUGAUUCCAACAUCCCUCUGGUUGCCCAGGAGUUAAUGAAGAAGAUGGUACAUCAGUUUGCCUUGGAGUACGCGUCCAAGUGCCUACUCCACACCAGUACAAAUGGUGUUACAACAAGGACCUCAUCACCUCUGUCACAAACAUCAGAUGCCCCUCUGGACCUCACAGUGAGCCGAACUGGGGAGGAGAAAGAGAGUGAAAGUGACCCGGAUGGCGUGCUCGACCUCUCCAACAGGAACUCUGCCUGCCCAGCAACUUCUUCUACAUCAUCUAAUCACAAAGCCUCAGGCUCCCUGCUGCCAUCGUUUAUUGAAGAAUUGAGAGAUCAGGGACAGCGAGGGACCAAGUGUCGUCAGAGCUCUGCAUUGGGUGCUGUUCUCAGCUCGCUCUGCUCAGCACAUCGUUCCUUACUCUACCAAAUCUUGAAGCUGGCACGGCAGGAAAAAUUGCUGUUGUUCCUUAAUCACAGACCUGUAGGUCAAACUGAAUCUCACUGCUGUCACUGUGGCGUAAACCCACAGGAUAUUGUUACCCCUAAUGCAGUCCCAUUUAGUGAAUGUAAAGCCCAUAACAUCAGCCCGUACUACCCUUUAAUUGAUUGUGAUCAUCAAGGUCAUGGCAACACAGUAUAUCAUCCAGGAGACUCCAAGUCCAAUUGUAGCAUCCAUCACUACCCCUUAACAGCCUGUAAAGGUGAUGCUCCUCUGGGCUCAAGCUACUGCUGUGUUCAGACAUACAGGAUGGAAACCUACACUGUUAUGUGCCCCAAGAGGCCUCACUCCAUUUCCUGCCAAAGUCUGGCUGUAGGUCCUAUCAACAACAUAGUGUGUUCAUAUGCAUCCACUCCUUCAUUAUCCGAAUCCCCUUUACUGUGCACUCCCUCCUCUAGUUUAUGCCCUUCCUCAUCGAUCUGCUGUAAACAACACAACCCCCAUUCUUGUCCAUGUUAUUCAAACCAUGCCUGUCUGACACAGGUCAGGAGCACAGUAGAAAGAGGGGUUGGAGAUGGGGAUCCUCCUUGUCCUAUCUUGAAAAGAGAACAGAGUCCCUCUCCUCCUCCUCUGUCCCCUAUCCCCUCAGACAUCAAUAAAAAAACAGAUGAAAAGCCACCCUCCCUCCUUCACCAUAGACAAGACAAUGAUGCUGACCUAAUGGUUAAAGAUAGUCUUGUGAAUGCAAGCCACCAGGAGGCAGAUGUGGUUACAGCUACAGAAGACGAGCGAGACUGUAGGACCCCAAGAGGUUUUCAGGCCAAGCAGAACCCAAAUGGCACUUCACUGCAAGAUGUUAUGAAUCGCUUCAGUGAGAAACUGGAGACAAUCAGACCUAUAGAGAAGGACCCACCUCUGGUUUCCACAGCCAUUAAUAUCUCUGAGAAGGAACAGCCACAGUGUCCCUCAACCAGUCAGAACCUGCAGUUUAAGGAUGAUGCCCAUUUGACUGAAAUCAUCACCACAGUGCUUCACACAGGCAGUGCUAGUGACUACAAUCUGAGUGAACUCUUCAAUCGCCAUGAUAGCAAAGAACCCAAGUCACCUAAUACUCGCUCUCGACGUCGCCAAGAAGUCCUUGCUGCUUUAGCAACACCUGCUGAUGAUGCUUCAACCAGAAGGCAGACCUUACAAAUUAAACGAGAGCUUGCCAUGUUGGACCAGUCCUACAGUAGGAGAAAGAUGCCACUCGCAAAGAAAGCAAGAUUGAAAGACGGAAAUGUUACUGUAACUACAUCACCCCCUAUAUCAGAUUCAAACCUAGUUAAAGAGGAGUCUAAAAGACAAAUGGAGAUAGGUGUAGAGAAUCAUAAAGUUAGGAAGAGACCACUGAACAUUCUCAGUUCAGACAGUGACAGGGAUGAGGUAAAAGAAGAAAUACACACAGUUAUUGUAACAAAAGAAGUUCAGAUCUUUAAAGCAGAGGAGAAAGAAAGGGAAAUAUCCACUGAGGAAAAAGAUCUUGCCAUCUCAGGCACUCAAAUACCCACCCCUGAAAUGAAUAUUGAACAAGGCUCGAACAGAGACAGUGUACAAACAGAGGUGAUGACAGUGACUACAACUUCAGCAAAUCAGGGUAACAAAUCCUGUAAAGAUCUGUAUAGUGGUGAUGGAAGUGAUAAGAACCACAAAGAAACGCCAGUGGGUCAAAGCUCUGACAGUGACAAUAGACCAGGUAAGGGCAAAGAUCACCAUAGCCCUAUGAGAGAUAGGCAUAAAUGUCAUUCACACCACUCAAAGGACACAAGGAGAUCCAGAAGAAAUAUAGUUCCGCCACAACGGUUCUCCUCCUAUGUUACAGAGCCCAGGAAGAUGUUCUUUGUUGCAUGUUUCUCUGAAAGCAUCUUUAACCCGAGAACACAAAAGGAAAAGGUUUUGAUGUCCAGCACCCUGGGUGCCUUAUCCAAAGAUCCAGAUGCUAAGGACAUCCAACUUGAAUCAAAAAGUAAGGUCCCUCUAUGCUCACCUGAGCCCACAUUAAAGCUUGCACUUGAAACAACAAAUAAAGAACAGUAUGGACCAUCCUUCACAGAGUCAAAAGGUCUCUCCACAAACCAGGUCGUACCACAAGAGAAGAGUCCUACAAAACAGAGUUUGGACAAUAGGACAGAUGACAGCGACUGUGCUGCCAAGCCUUUUGGAAGGCUACGGUCAUCUCCAAAAAAACGACAGGACUCAAAGACAGCUUCAAGAACUCCCCAAAGCCCAUCAAAUAUGGAUUUCUCCAUGAAGCCGACUACCUGUGUUGAGAGCCCCCCCAACUCACAAGUCCAGUACACUAGUCCAAUAAAGCUCAUGUUUGUGUCACCAGUAAAGGAUAAGGAAGGGGUCAGAUAUAGUCUCAAAUCAGCAACUUCUGGUUCUGGUGCACAGGAACCCUUUGACCCAUGUGUAGAGUCUUCAUGGUCAGGGACACUUAAGAAACAAAAAAGACAGAGAACUGAGUCUCCUACUUCACAAGUUAAAUCUAUCUCUUCACCACUAAAAUCUGCUACCUCACCUGCAAAAUCUGCUUCUUUACGGCCCAAGUCUACUUCUUCACCCAAGUCUGUUUCUUCACCAGCCAAAUCUACAUCUUCACCCAAGUCUGCGUCUUCACCCAAGUCAGUGUCUUCAUCACCCAAGUCUGUGUCUUCACCAGCCAAGUCUACUUCUUCACCCAGGUCAGCCUUUUCAUCACUCAAGUCGGUUUCUUCACCAGCCAAGUCUACCUCUUCACCCAAGUCAGCUUCUUCAUUACCUAAGUCUGUUUCUUCACCAGCCAAGGCUGCUUCUUCACCCAGAUCAGCGUCUUCAUCACCCAAGUUUUCUUCUUCGCCUAAAUCACCCAAGUCACCUUUGUCAUCCAAGCCUGCUUCCUCACCAGCCAAGCUUGCGUCUUCACCCAGGUCAGUUUCUUCACCAACCAAGUCUGCUUUGUCAUCACCUAAAAUAGGUUCCAGAAGAUCCGGUGAAGGUACUCCAACUAAGCGUGGAGCUGGAGCUGAGAGCCAGAGAUCACCAGGUGAUUCAAUAUGUUUCCAUGAAACCACUCCAAAAAGGCGUCCAGGCCGGCCAAAGAAGCUGGGACCACAGCUUGAGCAAAAGGCAAAGAGGCCAAUUGGUCGACCACGCAAGGAGAAGGCUGUGGAUUCAUUAAUGGGGGCAAAAAACAUCAAUGGAAAAUCCGUAAGUGCAUCUGACGUUGAGGAGAAUGUAAACAAGAACCUUAAAAUAACAGUAGUGUAUGGCCGUUCUCGGAGAAACAAACGAAUGGUGUCUGAGGGCUUUGACCAGCUGCAGACAGAAUUUAAUGAUGCUUGGCAAGCAGUGGGCCUUAAAAGUGACUUGGGCAUUUUGAUGCACAACUCUAAGACCAGCUCAGGUAGUAUCAAAACAGCCUCAACAGAAUUGUCAGAGGAAUUAAAUUUUGUCAGCCCUGUUAAAGAGUCUGCCCCUCAAUCUAGCAGUAACAUCAAAUGUCAGAAGCGGGAUGAUUCUGCACCCUCAAGGAAACCAGGCAGACCUGCAAAAGUUAAAAUCUCUGGAAUCUCAGUCACAGUUACUACAGUGUCACCUCGGCAGCGUAAGAUUCAGAUAAAUAAGGAUACUCGGCAGUCUCCAGAAAAACGAAUUAAUAAGAAAGUGCUCCUACCAGAAUUGAAAUCUGCCAAAGAGCCCUUGACAAUCAGUCAUCAGUCAACAAGUAAAAGCAGUAUAACAGAAGAAGGGAUAGAAACAAAGGAUGAAAGCAAAGACAAACUGCCAAAUGAGCCGGUAGCAGUGCGUCACUCAAUGAGAGUGCGAAAGCCCUCAAUACACUUUCUCCAUGCUGUUGCCACCGCCACGUCUAGAUCAUACAGCCACAGUAAUGCUCUGCUGCGGCGCUCCAAGCAACUUCUGCUAAACAAGGCCAGCAAUGAAAGGAGACAGGGGGAACAACAGAGUAGUGUAGAUACUUCAAGGGAGAAGAGACGGCUCUGUGGACAAGAGAGGAAGAACAUCUCUCAGGACCUGAGAAAAGUGGCAGGGGUGUCUGUAGACUCAAUCUUUCCUCCAAAAGAGACCUUCAGGUGGUGGGCAGCAUCAGCUGAGGAAAAUACUAUGAACCAGGAGCUUGCCAGACGAAUACGACUCAUUUCUGACACUUGGGUCUCAAACACUGUAGAGAACCAGCAAAAAGAAACUGCAUUCAAUUCAAAACUAGGCACUAAAGGCAACAGUUCAUUUACCAGGAAUUCAAAACAGUCCUCUGUGGUUCGAACUCUGUUUGACUGCUCUCCCAACAAACCGAGGUCCUGCAGCAUGCAGCAGAUUUGCUCCUGGUUUAUGCAGACCACAGAGACACGUUCUUUGGCUAUUGUCAAGAAGGCAAGCUCCCGUAAUCCUUACGAACUUAUGCACUUCCCCCGUUCUGCCAAUAAAAAGAGUCUUCGCAGCAGUCCUCAGGCAGAGCGACUCCGCAAACACAUCAAGAAAUUUGCCAAGAUGGUGCCAAAAAGUCCUUUGCAACAUCGACAGGCUCAAAGAAGGCUGAGGAAGAGAAAUGAGGCACUUUUAUCCACGCACAAGAUUAGGCGACAACUUUUCCCUUCCAGGUUUGCAACAGGCAUGCUUAGUCAAGGACCCCAAUGGAGAAGAAGAGAACUUGGCAAAUACCAGACCUCUCUAUUUAGAGCAAGGAUACGGUUCCUUACCCAAAAACAAAGGGAGAGGUGGCAAAAGAGGCAGAGGAAUAAGAAAAACAUGAAAGUAGCUACACGUUGUUCAAAUAGACAUGUAGUGACUGGACUACAACCAAAACGUAAAGCAUUACGCACAUCAGCAAAAGAUCAGUUAUCUGACUGUUUGGAGAACGGUUCUGCCACCACCUCUGUUUGCCAAACUCAGGAGCCUGUGGAUGUACCCAAAGAGCAGAACCUCUGCUCUAAAGCCUGGAGUCCUGAGAGACUGAAGGAAUGCCGGGUGUUUCUGAAGAAGAUCAACUCUCCAGACAAUGAAUCAACUGAGGAAGAGUGGGACUCCUGUACUGUGACACUGGAUGACGGGUCACCUUCUGCGUACCUCUUUGCAGGAAAUGAAAGAGAACUGGUAGGUGUUGUUAAAGCUGUGAAAACUGAAAGACAAAGGAGCACGAGAAGAACUGCCUCAAGAGAGCUACCAGGUUCUGCACCUAUAUCAGUCCAGAAGCAGGAUGACAAGCCAGUGGGGAGGCAAAAUGGCAAAUACAAAAGUCCUGGGGUUGUGUCUACUGAAGCACCGCAACCACCACCAGCGAAGAUAGUGAGACAAUCGCGAAUGAGGGGCUUUACUGGGCCGAGAUGGUGUGACUUUGUGUUUGAAAACUAAGUGAAGCUCGAGGCCUCCUACCUGGGAAUAGGACUGUGGUUUAACGUGGUGCCUUUGGACAUUGAGCUGACCACCUGGACGGAUCAUCCCACUAUGGUUCAGUCUUACACUCAGCAAUUAUGUAGCAGUCUAACUUAACAAAAGCUUGAUGUUGCACUAUUUUUAUUCAUGGAUAUGUAAAUGUACAGAAAUGUUUGAUUUUUUUUUUUUUUUUUUAUUGUGAACUUGCCUUUGUCUUUCUGAUUGCAUAUAGUAGAUCAAAUCAUCACGUUAAAACAGAGUUCUAUUGGGAUAAGUGCUUAUACAGUGAGCCCUGUCAGAGUGGUUGCAUUGGAAGGAAAGGCAAAGCUUGACCACAUAAAGACAGUGCCAUCUCCCCCAAAACAUACCUCAUUAUCAGGGCCACCACUUCUUUAAGACAAUGACCUUUUAUUGGAAAUUUCAACCUAAAACCUUUUAAAUGUGCAGCCCUAAAAUCCCCCCAAAUUGUGUUUUUAAUGCAUUGUUCCCAACUUUGGCACUGUUUAAAUUCCAUUUUUUUUUAACUUUAGUAAUUUGCUUUUUUAUAAACAGCAUAUUGAAAUUUAAUGACAGUCUCUCAAUCCGAGCCUUGUUUGCAAUAUUUUUCUUUAAUGCUUCAGUCACUGCUGUAUUGCAAGCCAGUAGCCAAAAACAUGGUGUGAAUGAAGGACUCUUGUUUCAAACAAGCCCCAUCUUUAACCCAAUCACUGUCUGUGUAUGGACCUCAACUAUAAAAUUGUAUAUUGACCUACAGUAAAUGGCCAUUGGCCUGUAAUAAAACAAAUAUCUCAAUAUUUUCCAAACAUUGUCUGCAAGUCUUAGCAAGUAACUCCAACAUACAUGUACUAAAUGGCUACAUAUUCUGCCCCACAAAAUGUGGAGGUCCAUUAAUAUGUGAAGUGAUGAAGAAAAUGGCAUUAUGCAGUUGUAGAAAGUAGAUUCUGAUGAAUAUGUUGGUUUGUGGGAUCUGUCUUGUUUUAAUUUAGUUAUCUUUACGUGAGUGUUUUCUUGUAUUCACCCAAAGCAGAUAUUGUAUGUUGGUGUCGGAUCUACUUCUUGCACUAUUCCAUCUGAGAUUAUUAAUCCCACUACAUAGAUUCCUCCCCCAUAUUUUGCACAUCCUGUGUCCCAUUACCAAACCCUACUGUAAAACUAGAGAAUAUUUGGUGCAAUACAAACCCAGAUGAUUUAUCAGUAUGUAGUAAUUAUUUUAUUGCUGACAGACGAAUGGAUGUACACAAGUACUAAUGGCCUGGGAUGUUACUUCAGUUGUUUCCAUAGCCUUAUAAUGUGAUCUUUUAAGGAUAAUGCUAUACAAACUUUUUUCUCCUCCCACCUGCUUUGUUCUCAAUGAAGCAGAAAAAUAACAGAACCUUAAUUGUUAUAAUAGCAUUAAAUUGUUUUUAUCAUAAAUGUGCUAGCAUUAUUUGCUGUUUAAAUGCAGAUGGGAAAUGUGUUGCUGUUAAGGUUUCCCCAGAGUUUCUGUUUUUGCAGCAAGAGACGCCUACCUCCACUGUGGCUCAGCUAGGUCUACUGCUCUUUUGUGUGAGAGACAAGGCCAGAGAGAUGAUAGGUGAACACUAAUCUUGGAUCAGUAUCAUGAUAGAGGGCAGGUAGAUCCAAGAUGUCUGGCUGUACGUCAAAACUUAAACCUGUAGUGUGUAUUGUGUGUCUGAUUACCCUUGUACGUGUCACUAUGGUUGCCAUUUUAACACAAGGGAUGUAGGGUGGCCCAGUCUUGUGAUCAGUGCUCUGUUGAAGAACCUGGUGCUAAACAUCUGUUGUAUAUUUUCUUUAUCAUGUGUUUUUAUACUGUCCUUUACAGAUGCAACAAAGAGGUGUCUGUGAUUGGAACAAUAAAGAGUCUUUUG